GAUGGAGUCCUGGUGAGUAUCAUGAAGCGCUGGUGUGCGUGACGAUGGUGACAGGUGUGCGAAAUGAUCAGCAGCCUGGUGACCUAGAGGCCGGAGAGGGAGUAUACGUGACAGUGCCCCUCCCUGAUGCGCGGCUCCAGCCGCAGAACGCCAACAAAAGGGGAUGAUCCCGGGGAUCAGGAGCGGACCGGUCACCUUUACUGAAGCGCGGGAACCUGUCGAGUUGGCUGGGGCGCGGGAGCCCGGCGACCUAGAGCGCCGGUGAAGGAGCAGACGAAACAGUACCCCCUCUCACCGACACGCGACUCCAGCCGCAGGAUGCUGACCAAAGGGACGAUCCCGGGGAUCAGGAGCGGACCAGUCGCCUCCACCAAGGCACAGGAACCUGACGAUCAGCCUGAAAAGCCAGAGCCUGGCGAGCCAGCUGUGGCAUGGGAGCCUGCCAAGCCCACUGAAUCUUGAGAACCUGACGAGCUAGCUAAGGCAUGAAAGCCUGACGAGCUAGACGAGGCAUCCUCGGUAGACUCAGCAACAGACGCUUGACCCGCCAACCGAGUCUUGAGACCCUGUGGUACCGGCUGAGGCUUGAAAGCCUGAUGAGCCGGCUGAGGCGUCCUCGGUUGCUCCAGCAGCAGAACCCAGACCGACGUCACCUCCAACACAAAAACAAAAAACACUCCAUGAUGCUUCCCUUGCUGAGGUGUUAUUUACUCUGUUCCAUGUCAGUGCGUUGUUCGUGUUCCUUGAUUUCUGUUCCCUUUAUUUAUUAAACAUUCACUCCCUGUACUUUCUUCCCAACUCUCAGUGCAUUCGUUACAGAAUAACACCUCACCUAAGGGAAGCAUUAGGGAGUUAUUUAUUUAUUUUUGGUUUCGGUGGGAAUGACGUCGGGUCCGGGAGCCGCUACAGGCUCUUAUGCCUCAGACAGAUCGCCAGACUCCCCUGCCUCUGCCGGCUUGUCAGGCUCUCAUGCCUCAGCCGGAUCGCCAGGCUCCACUGCCUCAGCCGGCUUGUCGGGCUUUCUUGCCUUCGCCGGAUCGCCUGGCUCCCCUGCUUCCACCGGCUCGUCAGGCUCUCAUGCCUCAGCUGGAUCGCCAGGCCCCCCUGCCUCAGCCAGUCUGUCAGGUUCCCACGCCCCAGCCGGCGACAGGUUCCCGCGCAUCAGCAGGGAUGACCGGUCCACUCCUGAUCCCCGGGAUCGUCCCUUUGGUCGGCGUCCUGCGGCUGGAGCCGUGCGUCGGGGAGGGGGAACUCAUGUUUACUCCCUCUCCGGCCUCUAGGUCACCAGGCUGCUCGCUAUGGCGCACACCUGUCACCAUUGUUAUGCACACCUGGGCAUCAUCAGACUCACCUGGACUCCAUCACCUCCCUGAUUACCUUCCAAAUAUAUGUCACUCCUUAGAACCUGUUCAUCUUUGUCCAUUUCUUCCAAGGGUCAUUGUUCCUUGUCCAGAUCUGGAAAAGGGUCCAAGGUCAAAGUGUGAGCUAGAGAUCAACCUCCCUGGUACUCCCAUCCCUGAUGAGGUGCCUGAUGAUUUGACCUUCCCCAUCGCCAGGAGCUCCUGCAUCGACAUCAGGGACUCUAUAAUGCAAGGGAUUUCUACGAGUGACCUAAGGACAAAGAUGAUGACACACACAGAUGAAGCCCUGCAUCGUAAUAGUCCAAGGACUGACAGUAACCGACAAUCGAGUGCCAAAGCCUCUCUUCGAUUCUUCACUCCCUCUUGCACCAGCAAGGGAACAUCCUUGGUAACAAAGGGAGUUGGGAUUGACAUGGAAGAGAAAGAGGGGUGCUACCCUAGCAGCUCUGGCCAUCUGAGGGAGUUAUUCAUCACUUCAGACAUCAGCAGUGCUACUGCAUUCCCUCUGCAGUCCUUGAUGGACUCCAGCAAAGAGGAUUUUAUCUGUUUGGUCACAAUACUGGUGAUAAGGUUGCUACCGAAGAUCGGUCCCUCAGCCCUAGAUGGACCUUCCCAACAGGCAGUAGACAUGACAGCAAUAUUUCAGCAGCUCAUCAGACAAGUUCUGUCUGAGUUCUGUGUUGCAUCUGGAUUCUCAAGGACACAGGCGCACCCUCAGGACCUGCACAUCCACACGGUGUUCAGAGGUGUACAUAAAAACCUCCUGGAUGCGUUUGGCUCUUAUAACGCCCUCCAAGCCACUCUGGCCUCCCAGGAUUCUGAAUUUGACAGAGUCCUGGUAAAAUCAUUGCCCAGCAGCUGGUGCAGGGAUCAAGGAGCCAUCAAGACCAGCAUCUACCGCCACAAACCCAGCAGACCAGGCUGAGACAGAGAGUGGGAAUGAGCAGAAAGCAAGAAGGAGCUUCCUUUGCUUCUCAAUGACCAAACUCAGGAUCAACAAUAAGCGUUCCAAGAGAGGAAACAAAAUGACUGCCAUUCAGUCCAGGACCAGACUGAGAUUCCCUCUACUGCAUAGCCCCCCACAUUGGGGAUCAUGGUGCUGAAUCUCCAGUUGGAGAGGUUUCUCGGUUCAUCUCUCAGCCUAUCAACAAGACCCUGAUUAUCGCUCCUUGAUAAUCAGGCUCUUUUCAGCAAUGAUGAAGCCGUUCGAGCGCUCCUCCUGAAAGAACCUGUUACUCUGUAUGAAGAAAUACUUUUGACAAGAGGGAUAUGCAUGUCUACCCUUUAAAGUCUGCUUGAUCAA